AUGACAGACCUGGCUGGAACACCAGACGACUUCUCACCCCCAAUCGCCAUUCCCAAUCCAGCUCGGGCUUCUACGCUUAUGACCACACCCACGCCCCUGGAUCGAGGAUUUCUCUGUUUCUCUGCCCACUCAUCUUCCCUCACACCCUCACCCCCUUCUUGUCCUCACACCUCCUCGUCUGUGUGUUUCCCCAAAGCAAGGAGCCUCGCGCGCUCCUGA